AGCACGGACCGGAAUCAACAGUUCGGAUUUAAUUAAACUGUUUAUGAUUCUCUAUUGUUCCCUUCUAGUCAAUAGUUGUGAGAUAGACAAAAGUAAAAACCGUGUUAUCGCCUUAGACAAAGAGCUCAAAAACUAUGUUGAUAAAGUGUUUAGUGUUAGAGAACUGAAUAUAGUGCCCGGUGUCAAAAUCGAAGAAAUUAAUGAUGUUCCAGAAAAUAAUCGAACAUUAACAACAAGCUGCGAUACGGGCCGAAGUUUGGAAAGUUUGGAAACUUAUGUUCAUAGAAAAAUUGAGCAAUUUUCUACAAAUCACCUUUUAUCAGUGAAUUUAUCAGAGACGGCGAGGUUCUUUUCAGCAGGUAUUUUAAGUGCAGGUGCCCAGUUGAUUAAGAGCGUGAUCAUUGCAAUGCUUCUACCAUCCAUUUUGGGUGGUCUUGGAAAAAUCGUCGGUAAAGGGCUGUCGACUUUCUCGGGUAUAUCGGGAGCUUCUUCUGGACUCAACCAACAACCCCAAAACCAAUUAGAAGAUUUCGAAUUUAAGGAUAUGGAUCCAUACGAAAACGAUAUUAAUGCUGGACAAUCCUACAAUAUUAAAGCUGCUGCAACCAACAAUCAACUGGCUGAAAUGGAAUCGACCACAAAUGGAAACGGAAUUAGAAUAGGGACAUCAGCCAACCAGAGAUUUUCAUUUGCGACACCUUUAAAUGAUAAUUAUUACUUGAGAAGGCCUAACAGAAAAACCGAUUACAAAGUUUUCCACAAAAUUCCGUCAUCAUCACUACUACUCACCAGCUACGAUCCGUUCUAUAGCCCAUUGUUGUCCCGACUGGAUGCAAUCUUUCAACAAUUAGGCUUUGGAAACAGUAAAUCUUCUAACACCGAAUUGUGUCGGGAAAGACUCAUUUGUUUGAUGUACGCCAAUCCUGCCAAGUAUGCACCUUACAGCAAUUUAGUUUCAGCACAACUUAGCAGGGAACUGAACGAGCUGCGUAAACCUUCGAUUGAUAAUCCAGAAAUUCUCAGAUUUUUCCGUUACAUGAAAGCUGCUAAAAAUGGUCAAGACAAAGAAGAAUGUGAAAGUUAUAGAGGAUGUCCAUCGCUUGCUUCAAAUAAACCUAGUCCAGCCAUGAUCACUACAUAUAAUGAUAUAAAUAAGUUAGUUUCAGCUAGAAAUUUGGGUUAGCCAGGAAAAAGCUCGUAGUUGUCGUAAUCAAGUUUUUGAUAUUAUUGAGAAUGUUCUGAU